AUGCUUAACUUAGCCGAUCGGCUUCAGAAGACUUUAUCUUCUAAUGGUACUUGUUCUGGGUUGGGUUCUGUCGGUGUAAUUGCUGCCGACUAUAACCGACUUGAAAAAUUAGGCAAAACUGAUUCAACACACAAUUUGGAGCGUAACAAUGAAUUUGAUCCACUGUCUGAUAUUCGACUUAGGAAUGUUGCUGCAUCAUCUUCUAAUCCACGGACACACCUGCUACAGUCGGCUUCCAGUACUGAUGAUAUCUCGAAAGCGAAACCUCAUGAAAAUCCUACGGUUUCACAACCAAGUAUACCAUCAAAUAAUGAGAACCUAACAAUAUCUGAAAAAUCUGACAAUCAUGAUCCUGUGGAACUUCAAACACCGUCAACAAAUAAAUAUGACGUGAUCUCUGGUCAGUCAUCUACAACAUUCAUGCAUUCUAAUGUGUCGACAAGUUCACCGUCAUUGCCAAACAGCAAUUCUCCUGUUCCCACUUCAUUACCUUCUCACAGUCAACCACUUCCACCAUCUAAUCCGUCUAGUACUCCAGCCUUUUAUCAACAGUCUUUGGGGGGAUAUCCAAGCUAUUCUACAAACCAAUCUGCAAUGCAACCCCCAGUACCGUUAUCAUCGCAGAAUUCACCACAUCCACAACCCCCAAUUCAAAACAGUGAAUCUCCUAGGUUGCCAAUGAUGCCGACAUCAACAAUGGCAAUGCCUAUCACACAGCCUUCAAGGCCUGCAAAUUCUACAAAAUUAUCACCUAACAUGGGUCCCUAUAUUCGCCAAGGUGGACACUUUCCGAGCACCAACAGACCUGGCAGUAUGAUCGUUACUCCUCCAUAUCCAUCGUCCAACAUUUUCACACCAGUAGUCCCACCGUAUGAUCAGUCUGUUGGCUUAGGAUUACCUCAACGACCAGCUAUGCAACAACCACCUAGUUCUUCAAGUGCUGUGUCACAGGGUCAACAACAGCCUACAUCAAUGAUUUCACACGGUAUGCCGUAUCCACCGAUUUAUCCCCCGUCAGUCGGUCCUCCCAACCAAAGUAUGACUUCUACAACCACUCGGCCAUCUGGACCCACAAAUCAAGGCCCAUUUGUAUCUGGUCCUUAUAAUCCUGCACAACCUGGCAGCACUCAUAUGCCGCCACCACCACCGAGCACCAUUAUGUCAAAACCAGGUUCUGCCCCGGUGAAGCUCAAAAUUACUAUACACCAUCUUCAAACCAAUCAUAUGCUAAUUACUGAUAUUCGCUUUUUGCUGUAUAGUGUUAACUACUUCCAGCUUGUCGCUACCAUGCAUUAUGUGGAAUAUCAGCAGUGA